UUCCUCCUCCCCCCGCAGCCCCUGCGGGAAGGGGCGCGCAGGAUGCGCGGGGCCUUCCCGGGGCUCUGCCUGGCGCUGCUGGCGGCGGAGCGAUGCGCGCGGCUCUGCGCCAUCAUCUACUAUCUCCUUUCUGGGCAGUACGUCUGGUUUGGGCUGACCGUGUCCUGCCUUGUGCCCGGCUACGCAGCCCAGCUCCUCAGCGCCCUUUGGUUCAGGGCCGACGGGCGCCAGCCGUGCCGCUCGCUCGUGGUGCUCCACGUGCUGCAGCUGGGGAUUUGGAAGCGGUACUGGGAUGUUCUGCAGAUGGCAACAAAGGCAGGGGGCAAUGGCAUUACUGGGGAGCUCCUCAUGCAGCAAGGGGACGCAUCUGUCCUGUGGCUCCUGGAAGCCCUGCUGCAGAGCCUGCCUCACCUGUUGCUGCAGGCGUACGUCCUCGUGGCUGUGGAUCGGACAGGCCUUUUCCUUGGUGUCAGUGCUGGGCUGUCCCUCCUCUCCCUCGCCUGGGCUUUGGUCUCCUACAGCCGCUUCGCGUGCCUGCUCAAGCCGGGCCACCUCUACCUGCCGGCCGCUGCCCUCCUCCGCCUGCUCCUGUGGAGGACAGGGAUGCUGGGGACCAGGGUCCUGGCCCUGGUGCUCUUUGCCAGGCUCUAUUCCUUCUGGGUUUUCGCCGUGGCUGGUGUCCACUGGCUGGUCAUGUCCUUCUGGCUGGUGGCUCAGCAGACAGACAUCGUGACACCAUCCUGCCGCUGGAGGCUGUUCAACUGCCUGCUGGGAGCCAUAUAUGUCUUCUGCUACAUUAAUGUCCGGCCCGGUCCCUCCAAGCUCAGAGUGGCUGUGUUUUACGCGGUAAUGCUGGUGGAAAAUACCCUCCUGCUGCUGCUGGCCACAGGGUUCCUGCAAGCGGAGCUGUGGAAUAGCCUGUGUCUCACCGGGGCCGUCACAUCGGGAUUUUUAAUAGGCGCUGCAGCUCUGGCGGUUUAUUACAGCCUGCUUCACCCCAAGUCCACAGAGAUCUGGCAAGGUUUCCUGGAGAAAUCCUGCAGUGUUGCGGCCACCAGUGAUGAUGGAGCUGGUUCCCAAGCAGGGCAGAGCUUGGGAAUUUCGAGUCGGGGAGAUGGCGAGUCCUUGCUGGUGGAAAGGACAGAGGUGGCUUCCAGGAACCAGAACGGGUCAUCGCUCAUGCAAUCCGGAGGGCGCGUCUCAGAGGAUGACUGGACAAGCCAUCACCACUGGUUGCUGGUAAAGCUGGCCUUGAAGACGGGAGAUAUCUCCAAGAUCAACGCAACUUUUGGAGAUGGUGGCGUAGGAGAGAUUUACCCUGGAGGACUGAUGCUGGGCAAACCCUCCAGGGUUGAGCCCAGGGCAAACCUUACCCUCCUGACAAGGGAAAUGGGUCCUCUGGGUUUUGCAUCUGAUGUGACUGAUAAGAAAUUGCUGGCAGUAGGGAAUGCAGGAAGCAGCAAACACAACCCCGGUGCUGCAGGAACCUCACGAGAGGACCAUGGGCCCAUAACGCAAGAUGCCCUGAGUGGCAGCAAUGCUGCAUGGCACAGAGCAGGACAAGAGCCUGGUUUUCACCCUGCCAUAUCCUUUCCCAACAGCUGGGACUCAGCUGAGGCUUGUGAGAGCUCAUCUCUCUACUUCAGCGCAACCACUGGAGGCAUUGCCUUUCCUGGCGCGGAGUCGGAAAUGGCUGUGCAAAGGGCCCCACUGGAAAGAAAUGGCGAACCCCAGCCUCCACCGGACCGCCUGGGUGGAAAAGGAGAGGACUUCCCCGUUGGGAUGGGGAACAUCAGCCCAAUCUUGGGCCCUGGGGCCCACAGCCAUCUGCAGAGCAGCUCGUCCCUCUGUGGCGCUAGCGAAUGUGGGGCGGCGGAUGCCUCCAAGGAGGGCUCAGAGCUGGUGGGUGCCCUCACGGGGUGGCAUAGCUGUCAGGGUGCCCCGUCCUCUGGGACGCGGGUUCCUGUCGGGAGGAGCAAGCUGAGGCCCCCUGAGGAGCCACGCUUCACGUCCACCCCCAAGGCUGACCCCAAGUGCCCCCAGCAAGGACCGAGGGGGCUGGCAGAGAGGAGCGGUCUGUCUGGGUUGCUGGAGUGACCAGGAUCAGCACCUCCCAAGAACAGCACUGGGGCAACUACCUCUGUCACCAAGGUACGGCAAGAGGGAGUGGGACACUACCACUGCCCGUGAAGACUGUCCUGUGGGUGCCCGUGCCACCAGGCAGAUGCGGUCCUUCAUCGCUUUCAUCCCGCUGCACCUUCUUGCAGUUUUAGGGAGGCUCAAAGGUUAGAAUAGGUAGCUUAAAGUCUAUAUUUCAAUAUUUAUUGAACUUAUUUAUAUAACAAUCCUGCUAGGCAGCUGGAGCACUCUACCUUUUAUGUAUUUGUGACAAUGUCUUGAAACACAUCCUUUAACAAGUGCCUUGUAUGAGCUACCAGUCUGUCUCCAGCUUGGAGAUCUGGUGCUGUCUCCACUUCCCCUUGGUGGCAGGGAGAGUGGCCAAAGCAAGAGUCUUUUCAGGUUAAACAAGUGCCUAAGACAAAAAAAUCAUGAGUUUCCUCUCAGCUGGAGGGCUCCCUUCUUUGUGGGCAGAACAAGUCCUAAGGUAAGGCUCAGCAGCUUUUGAUUUAUGAAACCCCGCCGGGUUCAUCUUGAGAACUUUUCCACUCCAUUCACUGGGGCCAAAUAGGAGCCCAGACCCUCUUUACACUGCAAACUCCAACCUCAGGACACCAAAUUAUUUAAAAAGGCAAUGUCCUGCUUGCUUGUUCACAGUCCCACUUACUAAAGUUAAUCACAGGUGAAAUUAAUGUCCCCUGACACAUGGCCCCUCCUGGGCUCCAGCAUUUGGUGAAGAACGAUGCUCCAUCAGUAGCAGCUAGGUUGGAACAGGAACAUCAGAUACGUCCUGAGAGAGCUGGGCUGAGAUUUUAUGAUAAUUGUUUUAAACUUGAUCAGAUGAAAGAAAUAUUCAGCCUAUUUAUUCUGACCCAAAUUUUGGACAAUUUCCUUAUUAGAAAUUUUUUUAACAAAGCAUCCUGCAAUGGAGUAAGCUCUUGGGUCCCAGCUGAUGCACAUCUGGCAGAGUCCUCCAGCUGUUCUGCUGGCAGCACUGCUGUCCCACUGAGGGCUGCACUCUGCUGGUGCCAAGGGUCAGGGAAAACUGGGAGGAAGGACAGGCAUGCGAUGAAUUAUUAAAAAAAGCAAAACAAAACAAAAACACUGCUAUUUAGCAUUUGCUGCUGAGAAGUGACCCAAACAGACGUUUCGUCAAGCUGAUUUGCGCACUGAAAAGCCUAUUGGCCAGUGCUACUUUCGCAGUGAAGCUACUUUCCAGCAUGACUAAAACUCUGUACUCUGUCUCCGUUACAACUCCAGCACAUCUGCAUUUUGACUGUGCUCUGCGGGGAGGAAAAAAUUGCACUGAUGGUUUUAGGCUGCUCGCUAUGUGCACGCUUGCUGCAUCGUGCAGAAGGCAGCGGAGCUGAGGUUUUUAUUCAGCUUGUUUUUUUUAAUCUUUGGUAAUACAUAACUACUGCUUUAAAAAGCAAACCGAC